GGCGGCGCGUGCGGAUGCGUAUUUAUCUGUGUGUGUGUGUGUGUGUGUGUGUGUGUUGAUGUGUGCGCGCGCGGCGGUGUGUCACUUAUCAGCAGCGGCAGCGUCAGUCUGCAUGUGGGCUCGAGCCGGAGCUAAAGCAUCCGGGCCGAACUGCGCAGAGAUGCGGCGCACGUAGACGCGACAUGCGACAUGCGGACACACGCGCAGCGCAGAUCACGAUUUAAAACCUGUGAAGAUAAUUAGAGAGUUUGAAAUGGCGGCGCUGGAGUCGAGGUGAGGAGCAGCUCCGGUGCUCGGUCCGCUGCCUGCUGCUGCCGCCGCCUGCUGCCUCCUGUCUGACGGGGAGUGCGCACUUUCUUCUCGCUCCUCUGCAGGGCGCGGAGCCAACACACAGAUAUACGCUCGUUUUGUUGUGUACCGAGAGGAAUCAUGUCGACGGGGCAGGAUGAGAGCUCAGUCCGGGUGGCUCUGAGGAUUCGUCCUCAGCUGGCCCGAGAGAAGAUCGAGGGAUGUCACAUCUGUACGUACGUGAUGCCCGGGGAGCCGCAGGUGAUCCUGGGCAAAGACAAGUCCUUCACCUACGACUACAUGUUCGACAUGGACUCCCAGCAGGACUCCAUCUACACCACCUGCACGGAGAAGCUGAUCGAGGGCUGCUUCGAGGGCUACAACGCCACCGUCUUUGCAUACGGACAGACGGGUUCAGGGAAGACGUACACCAUGGGGACGGGCUUUGACGUCAACAUCUCAGACGAGGAGCUGGGCAUCAUCCCACGCGCUGUCCACCACCUCUUCAAGGGCAUCGAGGAGCGCCGACAGGCCGCCCAGGAGCAGGGACGCCCCGUACCUGAGUUUAAAAUCAAUGCCCAGUUCCUGGAGCUUUAUAACGAGGAGGUUCUGGACCUGUUCGACUCCACACGAGACAUGAAACAGAAAUCUCACAUCAAGAUCCACGAAGACGCCACCGGGGGGAUCUACACCGUAGGAGUGACCACACGGACCGUGUCCUCCGAGGCCGAGAUGAUGCAGUGCCUGAAGCUCGGCGCUCUGUCUCGCACCACAGCCAGCACUCAGAUGAACGUCCAGAGCUCUCGAUCCCACGCCAUCUUCACCAUCCACCUGUGCCAAGUUCGCGUCUGUGCCUCCGACAAUCAAGAAAGUGAGACUGACAACAGAGUCUCCAACGGAAACUCUGAGAUGGACGAGUAUGAGACGCUGACGGCCAAGUUCCACUUUGUGGAUCUGGCUGGUUCUGAGAGGCUGAAGAGAACUGGAGCAACGGGCGAUCGAGCCAAAGAGGGCAUCUCCAUCAACUGUGGACUGCUCGCUCUGGGGAAUGUAAUCAGUGCUUUGGGUGACCGGAGCAAGCGGUCGUCACAUGUGCCUUACAGAGACUCCAAACUCACCCGACUGCUGCAGGACUCGUUGGGAGGAAACAGCCAAACCGUGAUGAUCGCCUGCAUCAGCCCGUCUGAUCGGGACUUCAUGGAGACGCUGAACACGUUAAAGUACGCCAACCGAGCGAGGAACAUCAAGAACAAGGUGAUGGUGAACCAGGACAAGGCCAGCCAGCAGAUCAGCGCUCUGAGGACGGAGAUCGCUCGGCUGCAGAUGGAGCUGAUGGAGUACAAGACGGGUAAACGCCUGAUGGGUGAGGACGGCGUGGAGAGCUUCAGCGACAUGUUCCACGAGAACUCCAUGCUGCAGACGGAGAACAGCAACCUGAGGGUGAGAGUGAAGGCCAUGCAGGAGACCAUCGACGCCCAGAGGGCGCGGCUCACCCAGCUGCUCAGUGACCAGGCCAACCAGGCGCUCGCCAGGGCAGGUGAAGGUGGAACUGAAGAAAUAGGAAACAUGAUUCAAGGUUACAUCAAAGAGAUCGAAGACCUCAGAGCCAAACUCCUGGAGAGUGAAGCUGUGAACGAGAAUCUGAGGAAGAAUCUGUCUCGUGCCUCCAACCGCCAGUCGCUGUACGGAGGACCCGGCUCCUUCUCCUCCACUCUGCUGGCACCUGAAAAGGAGACCUCUGACAUCAUCGAACUCGCCAAGAAAGACCUGGAGAAGCUGAAGAAACGAGAGAAGAAGAAAAAGAAAAGACUCCAGCAGCUGUUGGAGGAGAGAGAGAGGGAGGAAAGGGAGGAGGUGGUGGAAGAGGUUGAUGACGCCAGUGCCAACAAUGAGGAAGUUCCUGACAACGAUCAGGAGAAGGGUACAGAGAAGGAAAUGACGGAGCGAGUCAACGAGGAGGCAGAAAUGGAGGUCCAGGAGGGCAGCGACCACGAGGAAGGAGAAGAGGAAGAGGAGGAGGAGGAAGAGGAGAUGGAUGUGGAGGAGAGCUCGGAUGAUUCUGACUCAGAGACAGACGAAAAAGAGAACUUCCAGGCCGAUCUGGCCAACAUCACCUGCGAGAUCGCCAUCAAGCAGAAGCUGAUUGACGAGCUGGAGAACAGCCAGCGGCGUCUGCACACGCUCAAACAGCAGUACGAGCAGAAGCUGAUGAUGCUGCAGUGCAAGAUCAGGGACACCCAGCUGGAGCGGGACCGCGUCCUCCAGAACAUGAAUACAGUAGAAAGCGGCACAGACGACAAGGCUCGUAAGAUCAAGGCUGAGUAUGAGAAGAAGUUGAGUGUGAUGAACAAGGAGCUCCAGAAGCUCCAGUCGGCUCAGAAGGAACACGCCCGCCUGCUGAAGAACCAGUCGCAGUACGAGAAGCAGCUGAAGAAGCUUCAGAUGGACGUGGCUGAAAUGAAGAAGACAAAGGUGCGUCUCAUGAAGCAGAUGAAGGAGCAGCAGGAGAAGAACAGGAUGAAUGAGUCUCGCAGAAACCGAGAAAUCGCUUCAUUAAAGAAAGACCAGCGCAGGCAGGAGCACCAGCUGAAGCUACUGGAGGCUCAGAAGAGGCAGCAGGAGCUGAUCCUGAGGAGGAAGACUGAGGAGGUGACGGCUCUGAGGAGGCAGGCCAGGCCCACCUCAGGUAAGGUCGUCAGGAAAAUUAAUCUCCCAGAACCGAUGCAGGACUCUGCCCACAGACCUCCAUCUGGACGCUUGUACUCCUCCGGCAACGCUGCUCCCAACGGCACCCGGUCCUCCUACAGGCGUACAGUCGGUAUUUACUCCACCAGGAUCGCCCGCAAUAAAUGGCAGUCCCUGGAGCGCCGUAUCACUGACGUCAUCAUGCAGAGGAUGACGAUCUCCAACAUGGAGGCCGACAUGAACCGUCUCCUCAAGCAACGAGAGGAGCUGACCAAGCGUAAAGAGAAGGUCAUCCGUAAGAGGGACCGGCUGGUCAAGGAGGGACCAGAGGCAGAGAAGGCCAUGCUUCCUCUCAACGAGGAGGUGGACGCGCUGACGGCGAACAUCGACUACAUCAACGACAGCAUCGCAGACUGUCAGGCCAACAUCAUGCAGAUGGAGGAAACCAAGGAGGAAGGCGACACGGUGGACGUCUCUGCAGUGAUUGGUUCCUGUACUCUGACAGAAGCUCGUUUUCUGUUGGAUCACUUCAUGUCGAUGGCCAUUAACAAGGGUCUCCAGGCGGCCCAGCGGGAGUCUCAGGUGAAGGUGAUGGAGGGCCGGCUGAAGCAGACGGAGAUCACCAGCGCCACACAGAACCAGCUGCUCUUUCACAUGCUGAAGGAGAAGGCCGAGUUCAACCCGGAGCUGGACGCACUGCUGGGGAACGCGCUGCAAGAGCUAGGUAACAUCCCAGCUGAAAAUGGAGACGACAGCAGCAGUGAUGAAUCUGCACAGAGUCCGUCUGCAGAGGGAAACACUUUGACAUCAGAUCUGAUGAAACUCUGCGGAGAGACCAAAACAAGAAAUAAGGCUCGCAGGAGGACAACCACUCAGAUGGAGCUGCUGUACGCCAACAGUGACUCUGCCCCCGACGCACCCACAGCAGACUUCUCCGGUCCGAUGAUGCCAUUGGCUGAAACACCCGAGGGGGGAGGAGACAUAGACUCGUCAGGCUCAUCAGUCAGGGACUACACAGCUCUCUCCCCUGGCUUUUCCUCUAAAAUGGGCAGCAUUUCUGGCUCCAGAACUUCACCAGGGGUGGAGAAGCGAGCUCCGGAGCCUUCGCCACUCUCUCGCAGGAAGACCUAUGACAAGGCACAGGCAGCGGCCGACAGGGCAAAGGUCAAGGAGAUUAAACAGACCAAUGGACGCCUCCACCUGUCGUCCAAACACAUCCUGCGCUCUGCGUCCCCUCCUCUCUCCGACCCGCCCAAGGGCGUCAUUAACCCGGUGCCGGCCACUAAGAGCAGCCGCUCAGCGACGCUGCAGUGCGUCCACGUGGCAGAGGGACACAGUAAAGCUGUUCUCUGUGUCGACUGCACUGAUGACCUUCUCUUCACCGGAUCCAAAGACCGGACCUGUAAGGUGUGGAAUCUGGUGACGGGUCAGGAGAUAAUGUCCCUGGCUGGUCACCCCAACAACGUGGUGUCAGUCCGCUACAGCUCCAGUCUGGUCUUCACCGUCUCCACGUCCUACAUCAAAGUCUGGGACAUCCGAGACUCGGCCAAGUGCAUCCGAGUGCUAACGUCCUCUGGUCAGGUGAAUGUUGGGGACGUCUGUUCGGCCAACACCAGCCGGACCGUCACCAUCCCAGCAGGAGAGAACCAGAUCAACCAGAUCGCUCUCAACCCCAACGGAACGGUUCUGUAUGCCGCCGCCGGGAACUCAGUCAGAGUCUGGGACCUGCGAAGAUUUGCAUCCACAGGGAAGCUGACUGGUCACCUGGGUCCAGUCAUGUGUCUGACUGUGGAUCAGUCCGGAAGCAACCAGGACCUGGUGAUCACCGGCUCCAAAGACCACUACAUCAAGCUGUUUGACGUCACUGAAGGCUCUCUGGGGAGCAUCGGCCCCACACACAACUUUGAACCCCCCCAUUAUGAUGGCAUUGAGUCGCUGGUGGUCCAGGGGGACAUUUUCUUCAGCGGCUCUCGAGACAACGGCAUCAAGAAGUGGGACCUGGACCGCAAAGACCUGCUGCAGCAAGUCCCGAAUGCGCACCGUGACUGGGUUUGUGCGCUGGGAGUCGUCCCCGGGUCCCCGGCCCUGCUGAGCGGCUGCAGAGGCGGGGUGCUCAAGCUGUGGCACACGGACACACUGGGGACUCUGGGGGAGCUGAAGGGCCACGAGAGCCCCAUCACCGGCAUCUCCACCAACAGCAGCCACCUGUUCACCGCCUCCGAUGACCGGACUGUGAAGAUCUGGCGUGCACGUGGUGGACUGGACAGCACUUUAGAGGCGACUGACAAUGUGGACGAGGUGGCCAGUAACUGAUGCCUGAACUGACACUAACAGCAUCUAGUGAUGCUGCUGCCCUGCACUUUGACCCCUAAUUUCUCCAAUGCUGACUCCUUAAACACACACCUUCCACGCCAUGUAACCUUCAUGACUGAGCCAACAGGAAGUAAUCUCAUCUCAACACAAACUAGCACAAUCACUCCUCUGUUAGAGUCUGUGUGCUCAGAGAGUCGUGAUGAUCAGUUUCACUUCUCUGUGUCAUUAACGACUCUCUGCAGCAUCUUUUUCUCUCUUGCGCUGUAGACGAUACGUCACCGUGGAGAUAAGAACUCACAGGAUGUUUAUUUAAAACACACUCGUAGAAAAUAUCUCUGCUGCUCAGCUCUGCUCAGUGCUGCAUCAGGAUGAAGUCCACCUGCAGACACACAUUAACCAGGAAAAGUUCAGCAGCGUUAGAUUAGAAUAAAAGCGACAGGACGCUGAGUGUUGGAGGAGAAAAGUGUGGCAGAGCUAACGGGUUGGUAGCUGGUCUUCACAACCCCAGUUCUCCAAUUUCUUUGGAUUGUUUCUCUGCACUUGAAGCAGAACUAAUGUCCCCCCGCACCUUCACCAGCCCCGCCCUAUGCUCUGUCUCCCCCCAAAUAACAAAAAGUGGCUUUACUGUAUGUGAAUAAGACAAAUCACCGUUCCCCUUAACGUCCCUCUCCUGCUUCUGUGCUCCUCAAUUCCUGCAGCUGUUUAAGAUCAGCGACCAAAAUUGUGCACUCUGUCGUCUUUGCUGUCCUGCACUGCACCGUGAACAGAACACACUGUACAGUAACAGUCUCACUGUAAAGCAGCAGUGCGACAUUUUGGGGAAAAUGAUGAUUUGCUUUCUUGCUGGGAGUUUGAAGAAACUACUCUCGUAUCUGUCUGUUAAAUAUACAGCCAGCAGCUGCUUAGCUUAGCAUUAAGACUGGAAACAGGGAAACAGCUUGCUGUCUCUGGGAAGAAAAUCUGACUGUGUGCAGGUCUGAAGCUCACGGGUGAACAUGCUGAAUCUCGUUUGUUUAAUCUGUACAAAACCCAAAGUGUUCAAAUAACAAUUUGUGGGUUUAACUCCAUUUCUACACUUUGGUUUUUGUUUGGAUCAAAGUAAAUAUAGACAAAGUUUAUGACUUUAACUUAUAAAGUAAGUGUUCACUGGAUAGAAUAAGUGUGAGUGUAAUAUCUUGGGAAGAAAAUUAAGGCAAAGAAGUGCAUUAAUCAUUGUGCAACCAAAAACAGGAAGAAGAUAGACCUUGAUAGAUGUGUUAAGAGAACUAGAUAUAAUGGGGCCUUGUUCAUUCCUUUGAAAGUUGCUCCAUGGCACAUGAAACCAAAAAAGUUUGACUUCCCAGUUAUAAAGUCACCUGGAUCUUCCACAGCGUUGCUCCCGUGCUUCUAACUUGGUCUUUCAAGAAGUUGUCAGACCAAAUGGGUCAAAUCUUGACUCAAUUCUCGGGGGUGGUGAAGCUCAAAAAAAAUUAUUCAAGGAUUUACAGAUGUUACAGACAGACCUGAAAGUUGUUGUUAUGCUAUCAGGCCACAAUGUGAAAUUGGCUUCAUAGCCCAACACUAUUCCUGGGGGCCCGGUAGCUAUCCCCAGUUACCAAAGUGUUUCAGAGUGAGGUCCUUGCAGUCACUAUCCCAGCAACCGGUGGUGGUGAGCGAUGGAACAACUGAAGUAACUGUGGGAGUGUCCAGAAAAAAAAAACAAGCAUCAACCUCAGAGGCUGAAAAAUGAAGCUUAAAAACUGCAGUUCCAAUUUGAGGCUGGCUCCAAGAGCGAGUCAGUCCCCACAGACCCCCAUGUUAAAAUGUAAACAUGUUGACACCCUGGUACAAAAACAGAGGAAGUAGGUAUACUCUCCUGUAUGUUCCUGUGGCUCUUUGGCUGAUAGGUAGGUAGACCCUCCACUUCACCACUGGUUAGCAUGCUAACACAUGAGGCUAAGAUCGCAAACAUGGUAAAUAUUAAAUCUGCUCAACAUCAGCAUGUUAGCAUGCCAACAUAGCAUUUAGCUUUAAGUAGCAGUCUGACUAAUUGCAGCCUCACAGAGAUGCUAAUAUGGCCGUAGCCUCUUGGUUGUAGGGCAGUAGGCUACCAAGCGAAACCUCCAAGGCUGAUGAAAUGAAGCCAACUUUACAGCAGAAAAAAACACGUUUACAGCCUGGUACCAAAAAACAGUUUUGGUCUCUUUAGCUAAUUUCAGCAUUCUUAACAACUGUACAGAGACUGAAUUUUUUAUAUAACUCACCUGUUAAUACUUUAUUAAGGCUUAAAGUUAUGCAUAAUUAAGGGCAGGGCCUCUUUGAGUGACAGGCUCCUCAGCUUCUCAGUCAGCUCCACUCCUCACUCCUCCACAGCUCCACCCUCUUGUUCAAAUAUGAUCAUUUCUGGCUUCAAAACCAAGAUGGCAAAGGCCAAAAUGCCAAACGCAAGGCCACAAAAUGGGACACCACAAACCAAUGGGUGACAUCACGGGAGCUACGACCAUUCUUUUACACAGUCUAUGGAAAAAGCUUGCGACAGCUGUGCAGCAAUAUUUAAUGACUUGACUAGGGAGCGGAGGAGGAGCUGCUCGGCAGAUUUAGUUACCUUCAGACAGAGCCAGGCUAGCUGUUUCCACUCGCUUCCAGUCUUUAUGCUAAGCUAAGCUAACAGACUGUAGCUGGUAUCACUUCUCAUCUGACUCUCCAGCAGAAGUGUUUCCCAAAAUGUCGAACUCUUGAGCACUUGUGAAACCGCCACAGUCUUUGAGAAACACGUAAUCCUUUGUGAAUGUGAGCAGGUUCAGCGUUUGAGGAUAUUCUACACUUGUUGUUCAUAUUUCAUCGUAUGUAAAGCGUAUGUUCGCUCUUCUUGUUAACACUCACUGAUCCCACACUACUGAGUCACCGUCGUCUAACUCCCAUGCUGCUACGUCACGUGCUCACCUUCUCUCCACCCUAUCAGAGGGCUUCUUGUCAUGGACUCCGGGUGAGGUCCGCUCCUCAUCGGGCAGCGUGUUUGUAUAUAUGUGUAAUGGUAUCUUCUUUUUUUGUUUUCGGAGAGGAGAGGCCUUCAGACUCUGCCUGUGUCGUGAGCCUAACCACGUCUGUCUCCCAGUUCUGAUCCUUGUGGGGCCUUCCUGGAGACGCUUGUGGUCUCCGUCAUGUAACCGACGUGUUUGUGUGCUGUCACUUCUGAAUGUUCGGUCAAACAGCAGUUGUAGGCGUUUCUUCAAGUACAUAUCUGAUGUAUGUAAACAAUGUAUUUAAAAGAAAAAUCUGACUGAAUGUUAGUUUUGUGGGACCACUGAUCUGAGCACAGUCUCACACGAGAGCCGAGAGGACCAGAAUUGACGGAAGACUGACAAGCUUUGACGCUUUGGACGGAGUUUUUCCUCCAAUGAUGUGGCAGAUUGUGUUUAGUGGCCUACGGUUAGUUUUUUUUUUUUUUUUUCAUCUUCGUUUUGUUUGUAAUGCUGUCCCUGUUCCACAUAUCCCGGGCGUUCCCACUCUGGAGUUUUAGCAGCCAUUCCCAAGUGGCGGACUCUGUAGCGAUUCUAAUGUCAGAUGCCUUGGUGAGAAUAAAUGCCAUCUGUCAAAAACAA